AUGGAGAUUGAAGAAGCUUCCACUUCGUCAAGACCCUCUUCCUCUUUGCCGUCGCUUGAAGAUUGCAUGAAGCUACUGAGAGGAGAAAACGAUUCUCAAAGGCUCGCUGGCCUACUCUUGGUCACCAAAUUCUGUGACAAGGACAAUCAACAAACCGUUCACAAGGUCUACGAUGCUGUCGGCCCCAGCUUCCUCCACCGCCUCUUGCUCACCGGGAUGGGGAAGGGGGAUGGUGGAGGAGAUAAUGCUAAUAGGGAGGCUUACUUGCAGUUAGCCGUGACGAUGCUGGCAGCCUUCGCUAGGAUUCCUGAGAUUGCUGCGAGUGAAGAGAUGGUUUCAAAAGUUCCUUUGUUUUUGGAGGUUAUGUCAAACAUGUCUAGUUCAGCUUUCAUUGAAGAGUGCUAUGAAUUUCUAUUUUUGGUGUCAUCUGCUCAUGAGGAAGGAGUUGUAGCAUUAUAUGAAUCAGGAGGCAUGAACACACUGGCAUCUCAAAUGCCCACUUUGCCAGAGGGUUCUCAUACAAUGGAGCUUGCCGUGACACUUGUUCAAUUGAUGUUAAGCAAGCUACCGGCAGAAAAAUUCUAUGUUGAACGUCCAUCUGAGCUGUCAAAGAUGGUUGCUGCUAUAGCGAAACAAUUUGCUGUGCUGCACAACGCUUUGAAGUUUGAAGCGCUUCACCUCCUCUCUGCUAUUCUGUCCUCAAAUUAUUCUGGAUUUCUAAAUGUUGCGCUUCAGUCAAUGGCGGGUGAUGAUUGGUCAACUAACAUACGCAUUGGUAUUGUUGCUGUUUUGCAAAAUCGAGUUGGACCUGCUGAAAAGCUUCAAGCUCUUGUUCUUGCUGAGCAUGUCAUAUCCAUUGUUGGUGAGGAAUGGCUUAUCGGCCCAUUGAAUUUGCCCAAUGUGCAAGGUUCUUUUCCUGCUGAUCGGUGUAUACUGCUUGUUUUGGAGUCAUCUAGAGUAGAAAUUGCUGUUCUCCUUAAUGAGCUUGCAUAUCUGAAAUAUGAAGCCUCAGAGACGUCUGAUGCUGAAACUUUUGUGGUAAAGCAAAGGAAUCUUGGUGUUGCCUUUUCUUUGGUGGAAAAGAUUAUUAAACUGAUCUCAAAAUUAGGGGAAAGUGAAGAGUUAAAUUCAAAUUCCAUUAUUAGUGAAAGCACCUUCAUGAAGAUCAUCUCUGGUCUCAAUGAGACUGUUGGUGUAGUUCUUGAUUAUUUGCAAGACGCCAAGGAACACAGGCAGAAGAAAGGAGAUGACCUUCUAGCUUCAGUGAGGAUAGUUGGGAGUUAUCUUGCAGAAGCACCUAAUGCAUGCAACGAGAAGGUCAAGGAGCUUCUCAGCUAUAUGCUUUCAGUUGAAGGGGAAGACGAGCAUAGUCCUUUUCACUCCAUCUGCUUUUUGCUCCCCAUGCUGUGUCAAAUGACAAUGAGGACUGAAGAAUGUAAAGAUAUUGCUUCAUCUGGAGCCCUGAGAGCUGUUGCUGGGUGCCUUAUUUGUUUGAUUGAAUCAAACAGUAAUGGUGAUGAGGAUGGUGGUACAAUUUUCUUGGCUUGUGAUACGAUUUUGAAUUUCUUAUUGAAGAGGGAGCAAAUUCCUUUUUCCUUGGAUGAUCCUAGUUUUGUCAAACUUUUGCAAGCUUUGUCACAUUUGACAGAGAAGAAGAACGAUCCAUCUUCUAUUAUGAUGGCAUCAAGCAUCUGUGCGCUAAUACUUGGUUUGACAUCAGAGGAAGCUCUUCUACAUCAUCCUGAUUUUGACAAUGACAGCCUGAUUAGUUUGUCACAGCUUAUGAAGAAAAGUUUAGUUAUAUGUACUCGGGGUGUGAUGUCUGAUGAUGUUAGCACGGAAGCAGAUCUUUGUGAAAUAGUUACUUCAGAAUAUUCAUCUUGGGCAGAUCGAUUUCCCCGUAUGAAAGAAGUAGUUGAGAGAUGA